CCGUCUCCAGGUGGCUCAAACUCCACUCCAAGCCUGGGAAGAAGGAGAAGGAGCGAGGGGAGAUCCAGGUCGGCAUCCACUUCAGCCGCAGCAGCUUGACAGCCAGCAUGUUUGACCUGUCCAUCAAGGACAAGCCCCGGUCGCCCUUCCGCAAGCUGAGGGACAAGAUGAAGGGCCGGCAGCAGUACGACCUGGAGUCCUCCUCGGCCAUCGUGCCCAGCAGCAGCGGCGCCGCCCUGGACGAGGACCUGAGCCCCGGAGGCAGGCAGGCGAAGGGCGGUGGCAUCGGGGGCUUCCUCUUCAAGAACAGGCUGCGCAGGUCUUCCUUGACGCAGUCCACCACCUCCCUGGGCUCCGACAGCACCGUCUCCUCGGCCAGCAGUGUGGCGGGCGUGGCUGCCUCGGAGGGCAUGGCAGCCCCCUCCCCCAGCCGGCACGGCAGCCUCUCCAUCGGCCGUGCCGUGAGAGACUUCCUGCCUUCGCCGAAGCUGACCCACAAGCGGGCGUUCAGUGACGAGGUCUCCCAGAUCAAUGCCUUGCCAGAGUCCAGAUCCGUCCAGAACCUGAAGUCACAAAACGAGCCUGUCUUCCGCUCUUCUCUCUGCAUCAACGGAAGCCACGUCUACUUUGAGGAGGCGUCUCCCAGGCCUGCCCCGUCUCUGUCCUCCACCGCUGCUCUUCCAAGCAGGCCCCCGAAGCCAGUGGAGAGCUUCAGCGCUGGGUCUUCCGCCCCGGAGUGUGAGCCGCCCAUCUGGUCCAGCGGUGGCAGCUUCCCGAGAGGCUCACAGAAAGACCCUCCCCGCUUCAUCCCCUCCCCACCAAUCCUGGCCGCCCAGGAGGAAGACAAGCUCUCUGUCAAGACACUGGCCCUCAGCAAGCAGCGCAACCGGGCCAGGAUGGACGAGGCGGCACACGCGGAGGGCAGGCCUGUCCAGAUAGCCAAGCCCAUGGUCUUUUCGGCUGAGGCGGGGCGGGGGAGGGCCCCGGAGGAAGCCCAGAAGGAGGCGAAACCUGCCCGGUCCGGCUCUUUCUGCUGGGGCAGCACCCAAGAGAGCGCCAGGAAGGGCAGCGGGGCCGAGAAGGCUGCGGCAGCAGCGGGGCUGGAGGGAGACAAGAGCAGCAGCUGGUUCAGCAUGAAGGAUGCCCAGGACCCCUCCCAAAGGCCCAGUUCCCAGUUUGGGCUGCUGGCUACGACAGAGGUCACCAGGGACACUUGUGUCUGGGAGGAUCGCGGCCCCUCUGCCUUCCUCAGAGCCGGAACCCUGCAGCCCGAGUCUGCCCCCCCGAGUGUGAGUGCCUUUGAGCCGGCGGCUGCCGCCGCCGCUGGCACCCCUCUGGAAUGGGGUGACCCCUUUGAUGCCUUUGCGACCAGCAGGCUGAGGCCAGAAGCUCAGACGGACCCUCCAGAGGACACCAGCCCUCCCCAGAUCUCAGCUGGACUUCCCCUGCGAUGGCCGAGAGAGGCGGAAGGGAGUCCGGGCACAGCCCUUGAAGAGACGCUGGCAGGAGGAGGGAGCCUGGGCAAGGAGCCGUGGGGCACAAGCCUGGAGAGCAGCCCUGGCCCCCCUCCUCUGCAGGGGGCCGGGGGGCCCUUGGGGGCCUGCGAGGAAGAUGCGAGGCUGCACUGGAAAGAGGCGGAAGUUGCAAACUCCGGGGGAGGGGGACAGCAGGCCUCGCCUGUGGAGGCGCCUGCCACAGUCUCUGGCGCGGCGCUGCCCCUCAGCUCGGCCUUGGGCAGCAGCGUGAGCCCCCUGGGCUCUUUGGAGAGGUGUCCUCUGUGGGCCCCCACUGAAAGCAGGCGGGAAAGACCAGCAGUGUUGCCGCUAGGAACUGCCCACACCUCCGAGCCGGAGACAGGGGAGGAUGCCUCUGCUGGCACCUGUGGCUGGGACCCUGCCAGGCAAGAGCCAGCUGCCCUCCAGAUGCCCCCAGAGGAGGCAAACCGGCUGGGCGGCAGUGCUGAGGAGGGGAGGGGGCUGCCCUUGGAGAGCUGGGAGCCAAGAGGGGCGGGCAGGCAGGCGACCGAGGCGGCCCCGGCAAAGCCCCCGAGGACGUUCAGCUCCCUCAGCCUGGAAGAGGAGGCAAACAGGGCUCUGGGGGGGACGCAGGCAAGGUGUGGAAGCCGGGAGGGCCCAGGGGGGGCAGCCGAUGGGCAAGGCCCCCCCGUGGAUGACGGCAGCACUCCUGGGGUAAUUGGCGCAGGUGGCGGGAAUGUGGGCCGUGGCACCGAGCGCCGACUGCUUCCUGCCGCAGACGACAGCCCUGCAAGAGCUAAUGAGCUGACGAGGCAGGCGGGCUCUUUGGGGGAUUUGGUGCGAGCAGCAAAUGAGGGGGCCGGGGGGGCCAAGCAGCUCGAGACUUGCCCUGGGAAGCCAGGCCUGGAAGGUGGGGGUGGGGAGCCUUGCGAGGGGCUCUCUUCAGACACGAGGCCUGAGGAGGGGGGGCUCGGGCCUUUCGGGCCGCCUCCAGAGCCCAGCCCUUCGGUGCUCUUCUGGACCGCCUUGGAGGAGCAGCUGUUGCAGUCCUGGGCUGGUGCCAGUCCUGAGCAGCCCAGAGGUCUUGGCGAGGGCCCCUUGGAUCACAGGCCUGGUCUGGAGCAGGGAGACAGGGCUGCCCUGACCUCCUCGCCCGAGGCGGACCCAGCCGCAAGCCACAGCAGCCGGGCCCCGCUAGCCUUGUCUGCAUCCCCCCGGGUCCUAGUGAGUGGGGGGCUAAGGCAGGGGCCCAGGGGCAGCAGCUCAGCCAGCGACUCGGAGCUGUCCUCCAGUUGGUCGGACGACAGGGUGGUAGACUUCAAGAAGGCCAACUUCUGGCAGGCGGAGAGGGGGGAGGAGGAGGGCAGCCCCUCCGGCAACCCCUUUGUGUCCCGGGUGAGCCCCCAAAAGAACCCCUUCGUGGAGACCUUCCAAGUCUCCCUGGCUGCCGGCCCGAGCUUAAGAGACCACCACUCAGAGGCCGCCCCCCAAGGCUUGCUUCCUGCGACCCUCCUCUGCGACCAGCCGGCUGCUCCCUUCCCGCAUGACCACCAGCCCUUGGCCUUCUCCACUCCUUCUCUGGAGGAGGAGGCAGCCGUGAGCUCCGGGGAGUUCGACUUCCCUUCCCCCAUCGUGCCUCCAGCCACCAGGGAGGGGUCAGCGGCCAGCAGCCUCCUUGCAGCCCGCCUCUCCCUUGCUCUGCCAGCGCCCAGCUCGGAUGCCGCAGCGUCUUCGGUCUCGCCCAUGGAGACUCGGACGGCGGAGGAGGUGCCUGCCCAGCGGACAACCAGUCCACACCCAGUGAAGCCCAUCAGUGCUUCGAGGCCAGCAGAGAAACAGCGCCGAGCCAGCCUGCCCCUCGGCCAGGACAAGCUCAAGCCGAAGCCCACGAGCGGCAGCAAUUCAGGCACUCCAAUUCUGCCCCUAGAAAAAACAGACCUGAAAAGGGACCCUUCUCUGCCAGACUGCUCGGCCAAGUACUACCACCUGACGCACGAUGAGCUGAUCCAGCUGCUGCUGAAGCGAGAGGCGGAGCUCAGCAAGAGCCAGGAACACAUCCGGGAGCUGGAGAGCUACAUCGACCGGCUGCUGGUGCGCAUCAUGGAGCAGUCGCCCACCUUGCUGCAGGUCUCCCUGGCUGGUGGGCCCAAGGCAGCCAAAUGACCCCCCUGGCCCCCCAUGGCUGAAGCAGGGAGAGGGGCGGGCCUGCAGCGUGCGCUGUGCUUCCUGGACAUCUGGCCACAGACCAUGUCUGGCUUGCCAGCAGAGGAGGCAGUCUCUCUGCAAAGCCACUGGGGGACCCGCCCUUGGCUGGGAAGCCACCCCUCCUGUGGAAGGGCAGCCCCGGCCGGGUGCUGAGCUUGGUUCUGUUUCUGGGGGCGGCAAUUGUUGACAAGCGUUCCGGCCAAUCACUGUGCAAGUGUGCACUGGUCCCAGCGUGGGAUUUCCUGGUUGUAUGCUGGGUCUGUGACUGUUUGAUCUCAGUAAUCCUGCCUGUCUGGUGCAGAGUGGGGGUGGGGCGGGAGCUGUUUGGAUGGGCUGUAGGUCCUGCAGAGGCCAUUUGCAAGGCCUCUCUGGCAGGCUGGGAAUGGGGGCUGCUGCCCCUGAUGCAGUCUGCGUGGCUUGCAAGUGUGCUGGGGUCAUGUUGAGGCAGGCAGGCAGGCAGCCUCGUGACUGCUGCCGCCGCCCGGGGGCUCUGUUGGCUGGCUGCUGUUGACCUGGCCGCCUGGGGCUCAGGGUGGGUUGCCAUGGGCUGGGCCUCCACUGCUGCCCCCUGCCCCUCUCCCUGGUGGGGGAACUGGGCAUACCUCGAUGCCCCCUUCUCCAGCCUGUCCUCUUUGUCCCAUGAUGCUCUGAGGCUGAUGCAAAGGAGGAAGCUGCCACGGAUGAAGCACUGCACACCCACACACACACCCCUGGUGGCAGCAGCAGCAACAAUCAGGGAAAGAGUGCCUUUGUGAUCCUCAGAGGAAGAGCAGCUGGUUCUUCCCUCUUGGGCAAUAACAGAUUUCUCUUCAUGCUCUGUGACCCUGCAGACUUCUUCUUGGGGCCGGUCAAAAUGAUGUGCGGCUGGCUGGCUUUUCCUGUUGGGCUCCAGCCUGGCAUAUGUGCUGCUGGAAACCCGCCCUUUACUCCCCCUUGUCCUUGUUGGCUGGUCUCAGACUCCGGGUCGGCCUCUCCUUCGUAUGCUGCAGGGCAGGACGUCCUUCCCAGACUGGGGCUCUACUCCCUGCAUGGGGACGGAUGCCUGCUGGUGGUGGGGCAGGUUUGCCCUGGUCCUCUGGGAGGGGCUUCUGCUUGGCUCCUGGGAUGCCUCUGCUUCCUGCUCCUCCCUUCAGCCCAGCAGCCAUGGCUGCUGCUUGUCACCUUCCCCUGGCUUCCCUACGCGGAGUGAACUUGCUUGAAGAGAACCAGGCAGUAGAAAAGAGCAUCUCCUCAGCUUCCUUUGCUCUGCCUUGCUAUGACUGGCAGCCCACCUCCCGCGAUGGCCACCAUUUGCAGCCUUAGCUGGGGCUUCUGCCACCUUCCAAGGCUCAAGUGCCAUGUCCCGGUGGGGCAUUCGGUUGGGGAGCGGGGGUUUGAUGAUGGGGCAUUUCAGAGUUCCCGCCUCUUGGCUGGCCUCUGUAUGGCAAGGCAAAAGGUGCCAAGAUGGCAGAGCUGUUGCUUCUGAAACAUCUGGGGCAGCAGGCCCUUCUGGCCAUGUUCGUUCCAGAAAUGCUGGCUGACACCUGGCAGUUAGGAACAACACCCCAGCCAAAGAGAGGCCACCUGGAGCUGAGCGCCUGCACUGCUUGCUUCUGCUCCUUGUCCCUGCUCCCCCGGCCUCUCAGGGUCUUCUGGACCUUUGAGGAAAAUGUUGCUUGUGCUGAAACCAGAAAUCCAGAUCCCGCAUCCUCCAGAAUUUACUCCAGAGAGCUGCUGGGGAGCUUUAACAAGGAAGAGGUGAGCUGGUGACAGAGGCCGCAGGUGUCUUGCUUCCCUUGUGCUGAGUCUGGGGGCCAGAAGAGGGGUGGGGGUUGGGCUGAGCAGGUCUGCAGUGCAGAAGGUGGGCUCUUCUGCUGCCCUCAGCGGCUGGGCUGCUGCAUGCCGCUCUCCCGCACCUGCCUUGCCAAGGUAAAAGGAGCAACCCCCUUGCCGAGGGCUGCGUAGCAUUUCCUGGAGAGAUCUCCUCCUUCCUUCCGCUGCCCUCCCUGCUUCCUUCCGUUGCCCUGUCAAGGCCCAGCUCAAUCUGCUUGCUUUUGCUGACUGCUCCGGCUCAGACAAGAGACCCCCAGCAAAUGAGGCAGGCUGUGCGUGUGCGUGUGUCACCUUCUGUCUGUUGGGAUGAGAACAGUAUUAGUCUUCCUUCCCUGUGACCAAGUCUGGGAAAUGUGUGUGUGUCCACACACGUGCAAUACUGGGAUUUAUGGUAGUUUUUCCACCCACAUUUCCUGUACGCAGUGCCCGAAGGGAAGAGGACCUUGCUUGUAUUAAGAGUUUAUUUUUUGGGUUGGGGGGUGGGUGGUUACAAAGAACAAAUCGCUUGUUAAAUGUUUCAAGCACUUCAAAGAGACAAUAAAAACAGUUGAAUUUUGUUGCUUAGAAA